GUCAUGAUGUCGCCUUUCGAUUCGGGAGGGAGAAUCAAAUGUCCGAUGCGCAUGUGAAGGCAACUCACAGGAGCUCCUGUUAAAUUUGGUGCUGCGACAGCUCGCAAAUCUUCGCGCGGCUCCCAGCAUGGAGAAGGCAGCAGAGGAUCCUCCCGCCGCUGACCCAGCAGCCUCCACCUACUCUCAGGUGGUGUUCACGGACAUCCCUCACUCAUAUCCACCCUCGACCACCGUCACCUGCCGCUACACCUACAGCUCCACCUUCCAGCCCAACUCCAGGGACUGGGUGGGCAUCUUCAAGGUUGGAUGGAGCACCAUCAAGGAUUAUCACACCUUCAUUUGGGUGGAACAAGAAGAAGGACAGCUGAGCAGCCAGGCUGUGUUUAAGGAAUACUAUCUGCCUAAAGACGAGAUCGAGUUCUACCAGUUCUGCUACGUUGACAGCACCGGGCAGGUGAGAGGAGCCAGCACUCCUUUCUGCUUCAGAAGUGCAGCAGAGCAGAGCAUGGAGAGCAUCAGCAGCUUCGACGCUCUGAUCGUUACGACACAGGAGCAGGUUGAGCAGAACCUUCGGGAGAAAGAUAGGCUGCAGGAGGAGUUGCAUUUGAUGAGAAGUGAAAAUGAAACCUUAAGAGGCGCCCUGCAAAAGCAGCAGAAAGAAACCGCAAGCUUCAAGGAGUGGAAUGAUCAGAAAGAGGAAGAAAGGUCAAAACUAACUUACCAAAUGGAUCAGAUCAAAGCGGAAAAUGAAAAAUUGAAAAACGCGUUGCAGUUACAGCAGCAAGAGAACAAGCAGUUAAAGGAGGAGAUGAUGAUCCAGCUCACCAAGCAGAUGGAGCUGGAGCAGCAGAAUGCAGCUGAGCAGAAAGCACAGAGUCAGAUCGCAUGUAAAACAGCUGAGGACAAGUAUGAUCGAGCUUUACUGAAGAUUAAUCAGCUGAAGGAAGAGCGUGACAACUUAAAGAAGAACACAGACGCUCAGAAUGAGGAGAUUGCUCAGCUGAAAGCCAGACUCAGAGAAGAAGAACGGGUUCUGUCCAAAGCAAAGGACGGCAUCCAGCUGCUGCAGGCUGACCUUCUGAGCAGUGAGAAAGAAAAGGAGAGACUCUCUGCAGAGCUGCUGAAGUUACAGAACCUCGAUCAACUCAUGGACAGAAUGAAGAAGGAGAACCUGGAGUUAUCUAGGAGGCUGUCGCAGCAGAACACCCCGCCAAACUCCUCACAGGAUGGGGUAGAGACUCUCAGCAGGCAGCUGCAGGACACUUGGAUGAAGCUGGAGGCUGAGAGUCAAGAGUGCAAGAAGGCAAAUGAUCUGAUUAAACAACUGAGCAAUGAGCUGCAACAAGUAAAGCAGCAACUGACAAAUGUGGCCUCUUUGUAUGAACUGGAGCAGCGAAAAGCCAGCAAAUAUGAGAUGCAGAUCAGAGAGAUGAAUGAAAUGUUUGCAGAUCGGGAGAUCGUAGCUCAUGAGAAGGAGCAGGAGUUCAGGCUGAUAACCCAACAGAAGGAGGAGCUGACCAGAGAAAACCAGGGGCUCAAAUCGGAAAUUGAAAAAGUACGUGAAAGUAUGCGGGCUUACGGAAGCAUCGGCACAACUUCUGCUGACUCAACAUACAUGCAGUUCGACGUCACCUCGCCGUCCAUUGACACCAACACCACCCGUGACCAGGAGGAUGAUACCGAGCAGAACCAGCACGUGUAUGAGACCAUAGGUCCCACUGAAGGACAACGGGAAGAAGAGCCCUCGCUGGUGUGCAGCCACUGCCAGGAGAGGUUUCCUGGGAUCACCCAGGAGGAGCUGGAUCAACACGAGCAGAGCCACAGAGUGUGUCCUUUCUGCACGAUGAUCUGUGACGGCAUGGAGCAGUCCGUGUUUGAGGAUCACGUCUACAGUCACGAGCUAUGAACGUUCCUUAGCCUGAAUGUGUCUGACAAGAGGGGAGGGGGAGUGGAUCAUUUACUGUUUUUAUUUUUGGCUUUCGCCGUCUGUUCUUACAGCUCGUUAAAAUCUUCAUAAAUUUGUUUGUAAAAUAGCCACUAAACUGACAGCGAUGGUUACUUGAGUCAGCUUGAUUGUAACACUUUUCGAAGUAAACACUGGAGAGUGUUGGGCUGUUCUUGUUCCUACAGGUUGAGACCAUAUAAAUUGAAAAUUAAACAGAAGCAGCAGUGGCCGCCUUACUUAACAAUCUCUGGAAUUAAAUCUUUUUUUUUUAAAUCAAACAAAAAUAGUUAAAUGUUGUGUAAUAUUAGCUAAAUAAUUUAUAUAAAUUUCAUUAAACUGGGUAUGAAUCCAAUUCAAGCAGUCUUAUUGCCAUAAGUAACAGUAACUUUCUUCAGCAAAUGCAAUGUAAACUCUAGUUUUGUUUUUCUGUUUUGACCAAAGUAAGCCUUGGUGGCUUUUAGCGUUAGGAUUUCAAUUACAUUAAUAUAUUUAUCAAAUUAUGUAACAUCUGAUUCAGAAAUGUAACAAAACCUUUAGAUUUUAAAUACUUAUUUAAAGUUCAAUCUAGCUCAAAGGUGAAAAAAACUGACUACUACUACUUAUAUAUUGUUAAAUGUUUAUCUUCUUCCCAUUGAUGGAUCUGUAACCACAUAGAUAACAAAGAUCUCUUUUUUUCUUGUUGUCACAGCAAAGCCUUUAAAAAAAACCUUACAUAUGUUUAAUCUGCAGAAAAAAUGUUGGGAGUUGGGAUUCUUUUAUUUAAAGUAAACAUUUAAAAACCUAAAAUGUUAUCUUUUAGUUUAAUUAUCUGUAUGUAAUGUUCCGUGAUGUAAUCAAUGUAUCCAUCUGUUUAAUAAAAAGUAUAUGCUGGGUGAGCAUGGAUCUUAUCUGUAAAUGCAUUAAAAAAAAUACACGAAA